GUGACCCACAUCAUAUCAAAAGCUCAUAAAAAGGGGGAGAAGCGGAAAAAGGAAAAGCUAAAAGGUCUCCUCCUCAUGCCUUGUUCUUUUCUCCUCUGUUGAUAUUUUAUGUGCAUGCAAUCCAUAGCCUUAGAACAAAAAUUACAUGAAGAUUUCCACCUUUUGAUUCUAGUUUGGAGGUUUGAAGUUUGAAGAGCAACAACAUUUAUUAACAUCAAAUCAAGCCUCCUAGGAGAAGGAGAAGAUGAGGGAAAGAAUGGAAAGCCUUGUUGGCUGGUAGGGUUGGGUGCAAGGGGAAUAUGGCUGAUAAGAGCACCAUGUUUGCGGUGGUGGGAGGAGAAGAGAGGAGGAGGGAGUACAGAAAAGGGAACUGGACCCUCAAUGAGACAAUGGUUUUGAUUGAGGCAAAGAAGAUUGACAAUGAGAGGAGGAUGAAAAGGUCCAUAGAGAGUGAGGGGAGGGAGGGUGGAAGUAGCAGUAGCAGUAGACCGUCAGAGAUGAGGUGGAAAUGGGUGGAAGACUAUUGUUGGAGAUAUGGUUGCUAUAGGAGCCAAAACCAGUGCAAUGACAGGUGGGAUAACCUCAUGAGGGACUUCAAGAAGGUGAGAGCAUAUGACAUGAGUUUGGGAGUGGAAGAAGGUGAUAGGCUGUCUUAUUGGAAGCUUGAGAGGCAUGAGAGGAAGGAGAGGAACCUGCCCUCCAAUCUCUUGCCUGAGAUAUAUGAGGCUUUGAUUGAGGCGGUGGACAGAAGGGGUGUUGAAGGAGUGAGUGGUAGUACUUCUAACAUGGCAGAAUUAGGGGGAGAAGAGGGGCAUAUGGGAAGUAUCUCAGCUUCCUUGCCUCCAGUGAUGCCAGGCCCUACCUCACAAGCACCACCACCAUUAUCUCCUACUCAUGCGCUCCCACAAGCACAAGCAGCAGGCACCAUAGAUUCUGAUGAUGAUGAGCAUUCAAACUCACCUGAAAGGAAGAGGAGAAGAGGAGAAGGAAGCAGCAGCAAGAACAGUUCCCAUAAACUAAGCUCAGCAAUCUCCAAAAGUGCUUCCAUUUUAGCAGAAGCAUUCCAAGCUAGCGAAGACAAGGAGGAAAGAAGGCACAAGGAUCUCAUGAGAAUAGAGGAGAGAAAGGCCAAGAUAGAGCAGUCAAAGGCAGAGAUCAGUAUCCAGUCCAUGGAAGGCCUGGCUACUGCAAUCAACCAGCUAGCCAGCUCAAUCCUUGGCUCCCUUGCUGACAAGGGUCCAGCAGCUCCAAAGUAA